AUGCGAAAGCAUUGGACCCUACUGAGUGUGUCCCUGUUGAACUGCCUCCUGUCCACAGCGUGCAGCGUGGGCCUGGCCCUGGCCAUCGCCCUCACCAUUCAUAGCCGGGGCACGCACCUUGUUGCGGGCUGCAACAGCUCUGCGCUGCCUGCUGACGCCCGUGCAGCCAUAGCGACCAACGACUGCCCUUUCAACACCACACGCAUCUAUGACACAGCCCUGGCACUCUGGUUCCCCUCCAUGGUGCUGGCGGCCGCAGAAGCUGUGCUGUCUGGCAGGUGCUCUUUGGCGGCUCUGAUCUUCGAGGGCAUUGGGCCCUGUGCACGCAGCUAUGGCAAACAGCAGCUGCCUGGGCCAAGUACAGCGAAGGAGGAGCCACCACGUGAGAUGCAGCAACUCCUGGCAGGGCUGGCUGAGUCUUGUGCCUAA